AUGCUCUUCCAACUUUACAACCGUAUGUUGGUCAGAAGGCCAUAUGCGACCAAUGCCGUGACUACAGCCUUUCUCUUUGGUGCUGGAGAUGUGUUGGCGCAAAAAGUCGGGUCGUCGAAGGACUACGACUUCUCCAGAACCGCCAGAGCAGUCAUCUACGGUGGUGUGGUGUUUGCACCCUUGGGUGACCAAUGGUAUAAGUUUCUUGCCAGAACUGUUAUUGGCAAGACCAAUGUCACUCAAACCGCUGCUCGUGUCGUCGUGGAUCAGGGCGUGUUUGCGCCAUUCAUAGGAAUUCCGCUCUACUAUCUGGCCAUGGGGUUGAUGGAAGGUAGAAGUGUGGAGGACACUCAGCAGAAGUUGUCGAGAAACUGGUGGCCUACUUUGGUCUCAAACUGGUCAGUUUGGCCGAUUUUUCAGGCAGUCAACUUUGGUUUCGUGCCGGUGGCCUACAGACUCAUGGCGGUGAAUGUGGUGAGCAUAGGCUGGAAUUGUUUCUUGCUGAUGAAGAACGCCGAGAGCUGA